AUGCUCGACGUGGCUGUUUGGUCAUCGCAGUGUCAGGCCGCUGAUCCACUAGCCGGCGGCUCUCCGACAGAUACUCAGUUCGCCACAGCUCUACUUCAGCAAGAUUUGGGCAAGGUGCACGUUCUCAACGGCAAGCCAACGGGUCGCAGAUUCGCUCGAUUUCCGUUUCUGCAAAACAAACAAGCAACAGUACCAGAAUUGGCAAUCGUAAGUCUACAACAUUUUAUUCUUUCUACUCAUCCGGGGCCAAUUUUUUGCACGAUUCAAUUUUUGGUAAAUAUUACAUAAUACUCCCACAGUUACAUAAAUAUUAAAAACUAUCCCUCAAAAGUUCGCUUCACAGUCCAUACAUUCAUAAUUUAUAAAACUCCAAUGCCAACUGCAAUUACUUUGAGACCCCGCAAUAUUUCAUUCAUAUGUUAUGCCCUAAUCUUCCAUUCGUGCGUCAUCACCACCUCCACCAUCGGACAUUUGAAAUAUUCGAAACGCAUUGAAGUAAAUCACGGCGUUCUUUUGCGGUCUUUACUGCUAAGCUAAAUCUCAGAGCGAUUUCUCUGUAGGGCAUUGUUAAAUUUUACUGGUUUUGGAUUGCAGUCCGAUAUUUUUUGUCCAAAUUUUCAACUCCCUCCACGAAAACAACCAAGAGCCAAUUAUCCUUUGGCAUUCCGUUGCAAUGAAAAGAAGAGCUCCGCUCUCGGCGGGUAUUAAAAAUCUCUUUGUGUAAAGAAGAAGAUUGUGGACGGUCAUAUGGUUCCAUCUUCCAUGAAACGUAGGCUCAUGUUAUAUUAGAAUGGGACGCCUCUAAAACCGACCGGUCGUACCCGGCAAAGCACGGCUGUAAGUCAUUUGUUUAUUGGUUGUUUUAGACUUUUUUAGAGACAAGUGAAAUCAAUAAACCGUGUGGGGAAAGGGGGGAAACGGAAAGUGGGGACUCGGUGGUAAUCUGUCAAAAUGAAGGUGGGAACUCUUAUAUUUACUAGAAACAUCGCCAAACCUAGGGAAUUGUGGUAAUGGGUCCUACGGAGAUCUUUAAAAAUUUACUUUCUUUUCUUUUGCUAACACCGAAACCUUCCGCACGCGUAUUAGGUCUCUCCAAAUUAUACUCUUUUUUUUGUCACCAGGGCAAAUGAAUUAUGUGCACUUUGUAUAAAAAUUUCCUUAUUUCAGGGUAAUAUUGCCAUGUUAUCCAUGGGUACGCCAGCGGGUUCCUCGGGCGAUAGCACGGCGAUAGCAUCAAUGUUACGUGCUUCGCAUUCUGGUGUCCAAAGCACUCGUAUGAACCAGAUUGGCGCCUACAAAUUGGGAAAGAAGUUAGGGCAUGGAAAUUUUGGUACAGUGCGAAGUGCCGUUCAUGAGAUCGCAAAGACGAAAGUAGCUGUAAAAGUGAUGGACAAAAACAAAAUUGAUGCCGAAAACAUGAUCAAAGUGGAAAGGGAGAUUACGGUCUUGAAAGCCCUCAGGCAUCCGCACAUUAUCCGCUUGUACGAGGUAAGAAUACAAUUUCUGUUUGAUAUGUUUUAACGUUUAGAUCAUUCGUACGGACAAUUAUUUAUUUAUUGUGACGGAACUUGCCUCCGGGGGCGAGGUAUUUGAUAUGUUGACUCAGAAAGGCCGACAGUCUGAGAAAGAAGCCCGACGAAUCUUCCAACAAUUGUGUUCUGCUGUUGCUUAUUGUCAUGCCAAUGGGAUUGUACAUCGAGACCUCAAAGCUGAGAAUAUUUUAUUGGAUAAAGAAGGGAAUGUAAAGUUGGCUGACUUUGGAUUCUCGAACUUCCAACGGCCCGAUACGUUACUUCAGACAUGGUGUGGAUCUCCUCCUUACGCUGCUCCAGAGUUGCUGGUUGCUCAAGCUUACGAUGGACGACAAGCAGACAUCUGGAGUCUGGGUGUGAUGUUGUUUAUACUGGUUACCGCUGAAUUCCCAUUCCAAGGCGGGACGAUAGAUAAUCUAAAGAUGGCCGUUCUCAGAGAACUCCUCAACAUUCCGUUUUAUAUUUCUGUCGGUAAGUGUUCUUUUCUAUUGAUAAUUAAUGAAAAAGUUUUAAGGAUAUCAUGAAUUAUCAAUUUUUUCAGAAUGUGCCGACCUUCUUCGCAAGAUGUUAACCUUAAACCCAGAAAAACGUGCCACAAUGAGUCAGGUCCUGAAUCAUCGAUGGUUUACUCAAGAAGUCCCUGAGGAAAUCAAAACUCUUAUCCAUGCUCCCACCUUAAAAGAUCCCAAACCUCAACGAGAAGCGCGCUCCGCCUCAUCCAGCAUGCUCACUCAUAACUUGGAUCCCACAGUACUACUUUAUAUGCAAAAGCAUACAAUUUGGUCGGAGGAGAAAGUAAUCGAAGACGCAUUGAUGCAGAAGUUUGAGAGCCCCGUUUAUGCAACUUACACUUUAUUAUGUGAUAAACUACAGAAUCUGAAACAAAUCAAUCGCGCUCUGAUUCCUGACGAAGAUGCCUGCAGAAGAGGAUCGAGGGGCUCAAUAACCUCAGGCAAGGCCCGAGUCGAUCCAGAACCUGACACUCAAUCUAUAACUCAACAACAAUUAGCUCAACUCAGUCUUUCGACGGUCUCGGAUUGCGAUUCAGAUGAGUCGAUGGAAGAUGAACAGCCAUCCGAGAGAAGUCAACGAAACUUUAUGACUCAUACGGGACCCUCAACUUCAGACGAGGAAUAUCUAAAUGAGCAGCGACGUCAUACUUUAUGUGCUUCUGAGCGUUUCCCAAUGAAUCCCAUGAAUCCUCAUCAACAAUUUGCCUUUGAUAUCCACCAACAAUUCGAACAACAUCAGCAGCAACAGCUGCUGCUUAUGCAACAUCUACAACAAAAUCCGAUGUUUAUGAAUACAAAUCCUCUUCAACAACAGAUCGCUCAGAAAUUGUUAGAGAUGGCUGCACAUCAGCAGAAUGAGCAAAGUUUGUACUCAUCUCAGAACCCGGCAUUCCCUCCUGGCGGUCCUAAUCCAGCAGCGCUGGCUAGUUUAAUGUGUAUGAAGAAUGGUCUCUUUGAUUAUACUAAACUAAUCCGUCUUCCGAAUAACCGUAAGCUCUUUUUAUAUUGUAUUAGUCAUUCUUUUAGAAGAGAGAAGAGCCAGUGCGAAUGAAGCCAUGCUGGGAUUACAUGGGUUUUUGGCGGCGCAGAUGAAUGCCCAGGGUAAUACGGUUGGAAAGAAUAAGUUGAAACAUCCGACUGGACUUGCUCAACCCGAAACUUCCAACCUGAAAGGCCCGACGGUCGAAGAAGAAGGUGCGAUGUACCUGAGUCGAUUUGGAAGUGCAAAGAGAAACACUGUGCAUGGAGCACAAACGAUGGUAUCCGGGCUGACAGUUGGUACACCUCUUCAACCAAUGCCUCAACAGCAACCAACAAUUCCCAGAUAUGCUCGCACCCCAUAUGCUAAGUGUAAUGGAAACGAGAGAAGAAGUUCAUGGGCCUCCACAACCAACCAAGGAAUUGUGAAUUCUCAACAAUUUUCCAAAUUAGAAAGUUUGUACGCACAAUCUCUGAGGGGCGCGGCGGCAGCGGCCGCAAAUGGAAGUGGAAAUGUCGCCAGCGGAGAGCCUCAAAUGACUGGAAUUCAACAACUUCAAGCCGAAUUCCAAAGACUAAAGGCCACAACGGAGAAAGCCACGAGCUCUAAUAGGUAAGACCACACUUCAGAUUGAAUAUGUAUUUCUAUAAUAUUUGGUUGUAACACUGUUAUUGCAGUUCCAACGUCGGAAUGAAUGGUCCUCUGAAUAUGAACACCCCCAGAAUCAGCAUCACCGACGAGAACAACAAGUCUUUCGUGGCGCAGAACUCCCCGUCUUACAGUCCGAUGGCCUUUAUGUCCCAGAAAAAUUCAGCUCAAGGUAGACCGGCUACAGUUAUUGGAUUCAGCGGUAAAACUUCUCCAGAUGGCACCAAUAACAACAAUGUGAGUCCGGAACCUCCAAAAUGGAUCUUCAUUCCUGUCGCUCCGAGUGUGGCCAUUGACAGGAUUUAUGGAUAUGUCAAACAGCAGAAUAUGACCUGCGAAAUCAGAUCGGGUAGUGAAAAUAACGGUACGAAUUUGUAUCUGUCUUGGUUUUUAGGGAUUGAGAUUUGCUUAUUUUAGACUUUUAAUAGCUGAACUGGAAGUGUUUAAUGUUCUCUUAUUCCAGGUAUAACCGAAAUUCGGGUCGUGACCAACAACCAAACUGUGAUUUCCCUCUCCAUCGACAAGUCCGCCGACAACCCGGACAUCUCCAAGACGGAGUUCUCGCUGAUCCGCGGAGAUCCCGCCGAAGCCGACGCCGUCCGUCUUGGUCUCAUGGAGUCCUUCAACGAAAUUCGUUGA